AUGGAUUCUGAAGAACGUUACAUUGCAGCGCUAAAAGAAAAAGCCUGUGAAUUGGUAGAAACCGCCAUGAAAAAUGCCCAGGAUUGCCUCAGAACCCUACAAAUAUCACCAAUGGAGGACACAGAUAAAGAGCAGAAAUACACAACGAAGAACAUUCCAUGGGUGCAGUGUAAGGAUUUCACUGUGGAUCUGGGGAAGAAACAAAUUGAAGAAUAUGUUGCUACUUGGGAAUUCCAUGAGAGCUGGCUGUAUUGUACAGAUUUUCUGAAAGAAGAGGAGAUGGAGUUUUGUAAGCUCUUCCACUACAGAAUGAGAUGGAGCAUCCCAACCUGCAGGAAACCAAUUCCUAGAGCAACCGCCUGUGUCUAUUUCACAAUAAAGAUCUCCAAAAUUAAACCACCAACUUUGCCAGUGGAAGUAUUCUUUGUAUUUGAAUCAAACAGGCUUGUACACAGGUAUGAAAUCCCUUGGUAUAAAUGGAGUAUCUAG